GACCCGAAAUGUCAUCGUCGCAGCGAAAUUAGGGUUUGAUAUAUACAUACACUCUCUUUUCUUUUUUCUUUCGAUCGAAGCAGAAAUGGGUAUUCAAGGGCUUUUGCCAUUGCUGAAAUCGAUUAUGGUUCCGAUACAUAUCCACGACCUCGAGGGUUGUACAGUCGCCGUCGAUACGUAUUCAUGGCUACACAAAGGCGCUCUCUCUUGCAGCCGCGACCUCUGCAAGGGUUUACCCACCACCAGGCAUAUUCAAUACUGUAUGCAUAGAGUGAAUUUACUCCGCCAUCAUGGAGUGAAGCCUCUUCUUGUCUUCGAUGGAGGUCCGCUUCCUAUGAAACUUGAACAAGAGAACAAACGUGCUAGGUCCAGAAAGGAAAAUCUUGCACGUGCACUUGAGCAUGAAGCUAACGGAAACUCCUCCGCUGCUUAUGAGUCCUAUCAAAAGGCUGUUGACAUUUCACCUUCUAUUGCACAUGACUUGAUACAGGUUCUGAGGCAGGAGAAUGUCGACUACGUUGUUGCUCCUUACGAGGCUGAUGCCCAGAUGACAUUUUUGGCUAUUACUAACCAAGUUGAUGCCAUUAUCACUGAGGAUUCUGAUCUUAUUCCUUUUGGCUGCCCUAGAAUCAUCUUUAAAAUGGACAAGUUUGGUCACGGUGUUGAGUUUCAAGCCUCCAACCUGCCAAAAAAUAAAGAGCUCAGCCUUUCUGGAUUUUCAAGCCAGAUGCUUCUUGAGAUGUGCAUAUUGAGUGGAUGUGAUUAUUUGCAGUCACUUCCAGGAAUGGGACUCAAAAGAGCUCAUACGCUCAUUACAAAGUUCAAAACUUAUGACAGGGUAAUCAAGCACUUAAAGUACAGCACAGUUUCAGUUCCUUCUCUAUAUGAAGAGUCAUUCAAGAAAGCUAUGCUGACCUUCAAGCAUCAACGGGUCUAUGACCCCAAAUCUGAAGAUGUUGUACACUUGUGUGACAUUUCUGAAGACAUUGGCGAAGAUUCAGACUUUGUAGGCCCAUCCAUGCCACAACAUAUCGCUAAGGGUAUAGCUCUGGGCCAGCUUGAUCCAUUCACUCAGUUGCCUUUCCAGGCUGAGGGUGUCACUCCUAAGUUGGCUGCUGAUGCUAUUUCCCGCCCCAGAAGUUUCAAACCUGAAAAUCUGAAGAAAAAGCUUGAGUUGCCUGUCCAGAAAAACCUUCUCACCAAAUAUUUCUGCUUUGCCACACUUGAGGCAAAAAGAAAAUUCAAGGCUCCGAGGAUAUCACCAUUGUCUCUGACCCCAACAGAGGAGUCUCCAAGCACUCCUGAAGAUAAUUCAACAGAUGUGGAUGCUCCUUCGAGUCAGACAACAAAUGAAUCCCCGGUUUACAGCUUGGGUGAGAAUACUGGCAAAGUUGCAGAGAAAAGAGAGUCACCUGACUAUGAUGCAGUGGAAAGGAAUCACAAGGACCUUGAACAGAAAGUGGAGUGGCCGAAGACGAAGACGGAUGGUUUGAAGGUUGUUGUAAGAAGCAAGUAUUUCAAGCAGAAGCAGGAUCACAAAAGUCUUAAACAAUCUAUCCCAUGUCUCAAUGAUUGCUCUAUGAUCAGUCAGAGAAAGACUGUUAAUUCUGAGAUAAACAAGUCAAGCGAAGAGAGUGAAGACAGAGCUUUAGCAACAAUUUCACGUGAGCGUAUCUACAACGAUCAAGAAGCGAGUGUAUCUACCGUGAACGAGGUGGCUGAGAGAAGAACAAUGAUCCAUCAGAUCGACAACGAAGAACAGAGCCCAUCUGUUGAGAUCCUUUCCACCUUUAGUACUCCGGAGAAUGUUACACCUCUCAACUCCAUUGGUACUAAUAGUUUUUGUGGAGCUGCAACAGGGAAAAGGAAGCUUGAGCCAGAUGAAUACCUUCAUAAGGAAAAUAUGAACUCCAAGCACAUGCGCAUAGACGAAACUGAUCCUAGUAAUGCAGAAACAUCAUUUGAAAACAACGAUGUUGAGAAGUUCGGAUCCAACAUAUCACACAUAGGGCAGUACUCGGCAAUAGCAGAGAAAUCGGUGGAAAGAUUUGUCUCAGCUAUAUCAUCUUUUAGAUAUUCUGGUCCUGGCUCUCGUGCUAGUGGUCUGCGUGCACCUCUCAAAGAUAUCCGCAACACUUGUCCGUCCAAAGGGUUAUCUCCUAAACUGGACUUCAGCAAGUUUGGUUAUUCAUCAAGCAGCGCAACAAAGUCAAGGCGAUUGUGAGCUCAGUUUUGUAAGUUAACCACCUCGCUUGACCAAAAUGUAUGUGAGAGAUUUUACCAGAAGCAGAGGCUUUGGCUGCGGAAAAACAACUUCUUGGUCGCAUUACAUUGUUGUUGUUUUGGUGAAUGUAUUGUGUAUCUCAUAGCUUUUUCACUGUGCACAACAUUCUUGUUGAUAGAUUCUUUACCCAACAAAUUGAUUCAUAAACAACUUUCAAACCUGUCAUCUCUUGGAAAUUAGUUCUUUUCAUUUAUA